AUGACCACUGCUAUCUUCAACUACCUCGAUCCAUCUUCAUUUGAUCCUCAUGCCACAGAAGCCUUCAAAAAACCAUGGAGUAAAGUCGACGGGCCUGGAUUUUCUUUUAAAUUGAUAGACCAAGAACGCCCAGUGGAAAAUAUCCGAGGCAGAGAGUCUGAAUUUUCAACCGACUUGUCCGGAUUCUCUGUGUGUAAGGCACCUGCAAAGGAGACUUUGUUCACAGACGAAGAGCAAGUGAAAUCAGGAUAUUACGCUGAAAUAGAAGCCCUGCUUCGAGAUAAGCUGCCUGGUGUGAAAAAGGUAGUCAUAUUUGACCACACCAUCAGACGGAGAAUUGAGGGAUCAGCUCGCUCUCCAGUCCAAUUAGUACACGUCGACCAAACACCCGCCGCUGCUGAAUUGAGAGUGCGUCGUCAUACGCCAGAAGACGAAGUAGAAGAGCUAUUGAAAGGUCGAUACCAAAUUAUCAACGUCUGGCGACCAAUUGAAAACGCAGCUGCAGAUUUCCCUCUAGCCCUGAUCGAUUGGCGGAGCACCAAUCUUUCUGACUUUAACCGGGUUGAUCUCUUGUAUCCUAAGGCAUAUGAGGAGAUUGGAGAAGUCAUGGCUAAUCCUGAAUCACAUUCAUCGACAGAUGGAUACGAGGUUAAGGGGGAGACAUACCUUCUUACUCCUCAUGAUUCACAUCGGUGGUUUUAUGUGAAGGAUAUGACGCCAGAGGAGGCAUUGUUGAUUAAAUGUUUUGAUUCCAGAAGCUCUCUCAUGACGGACGGACAGACUGAUAUUGCCCAUGCGACGGGCCAUACUGCUUUUAUUGAUCCACAGACACCAGCGGCAUCUCCAGCGAGACAGAGCAUUGAAGUUAGAUGCUUGGUGUUUUAUGAGUAA